CUCCCUUCGAAUACUCCCCCUCUGCCCCUCCUAUUUCCAUAUCAUAUUUGCGUGCUCCCUCGAAAGCGCCACGCCACCUCUCUCCCUUUCCAUACACCCCCCCGUUUUCCCCGCUCCGCUCUCCAUCGUAAGCCGGCCUGAUCCAGGCUCACACUUGCCGAGUACAUCCCAACUAUGGCAUCCUCAAUGAAGAGGAUUAAGCAGGAUGUCCUAAAGCUCAUGAUGACCGACUAUGAGGUCACUCUUGCCAAUGACAACCUCCGAGACAUGACCGUCAAAUUCCAUGGACCCAAGGACACUCCCUUUGCCGGAGGCGUGUGGAUGGUGCAUGUUCACUUGCCGGACACCUAUCCCUACAAGUCCCCGUCGAUCGGCUUCCGGAAUCGCAUCUUCCAUCCGAACAUUGACGAGCGGUCGGGAUCUGUCUGCCUGGACGUCAUCAACCAGGCAUGGUCGCCGAUGUUUGACAUGGUCAAUAUCUUCGAUGUUUUUCUGCCCCAGCUUCUCACAUACCCGAACCCCUCGGAUCCCCUCAACGGCGAGGCUGCCUCGCUGCUGAUGAACGAUCCGGAGGGCUUCGAAAAGAGGGUGAAGGAACACGUCCAGCGCCAUGCUACCCCGGAGAUUGUGGCCUCUUUGACCGACCGCGACGGCAGCCGGACAGUCUCCAAGAGCACUCCCCUGUCAAUGCCCCCCAAGGCCCCCGUUGUGCCAGGGGCCUCUGUCUGUGAUGGCGGUCCAGCCACCCCCCCGGCCCCUUUGGUAGAUGAGUGUGAUGAGGAAUACGACCUGGAGCCGCUCGAUGCUCUGAGCGACACCGGAUCUGACGCCCUGGAUCUGGACCUGGAUGAUUUGGACUCGAUGGAUGGCAUCGACCUUGACCUUGCGGAAUAAUCUCGACCAACAACUGUAAUUCAAUCUCUCUCUCCCCCCCCCCCCCCACCUCUCU